GAGGAUGCUCUGCAUCCGACCACCGGAAACUCAAAGAUGAGAUGAGAUUCACCGAAUUGCAUGAUGACUUUGUACUUUUGAUUCUCCAGCCACCUCAGUCAUGAGAUAGCACACGUCAAACUCGCCCCUGAGAUCAUGUACCAUCUCCUCAAGGGUCUACAUGCCCAUCUGACAAGAAAAGAUGAGUACUCGGUCGUCAUCAUCGGCUUGGACAAUGUAAGUGUGCUGAUCCUGAACUCAUUCUUUCAAGGUACUUCUGCUGACGAACCUUGCGCUUCAGGCGGGGAAGACGGUGAGCUCAAGAAUGGACCCAUUACCACAGUUGCAGCUGAACUUUGCUCUCUUAAGACCAUGCUCGAGCGGAUCAAGACCAUGUACAACGCGACACCCGGUAUGCCUCCAGACAAGAUAGGUCCAACCGUAGGACAGAACAUUGGCAAGAUCUCCCUUCCAUCCACUACUCUAUCCUUCUUUGAUCUUGGUGGGCAGAGGGAUAUCCGAUCCAUUUGGCCCAGAUACUAUGACGAGUGUCAUGCCGUUGCUUUCGUGUUGGACGCCUGUGAUCAAGCAAGGCUCAACGAAACGUGGGAGGUAUUUGAUGAGGUGCUCAACUCGCCUCGACUACUUAAUCUCCCCCUCCUUCUGCUCGCAAACAAACAAGACGCUCCGACCUGUUUGUCAGUCCAGGAAAUCAGAGAAUCCUUUGACGCCUGGCAUCGUGCCAGGACUGAUGACGAUCUCGACGCUACCGAGGAGGGAUCCCCAUCGAGGGAUGAAAUGUCUGGAACAGCAGAUCCCGAAUCACAGGACAAGAAGAGGAGAGCAGCAGAGCGAAUGGCAAGCCUGGACGUCAUGGGGGUAUCUGCGCUCGAAGGUGACGGCGUCAGAGAGGCUGUCAAUUGGCUAUACAUCCGUGUACAGAAUGCGAGACCACUAGGUGACUGACACAAUGCUCGAUCGGGACCGCUUCAAUCAACUCCCGCUGGUUCUCGCGACCGCCUCGAUGUAUCAAGUCUCUGAUAGAUGCUAAUGCAAGAUGUACAACUACUAUAAGCCUCCAUGUUCAACCUACUUUGCCCUCUCUUCUUCAUCCCCUUGA